AGCCUCUCCAGCUCCUCCCUUUGUCCUCCGUCCCUGGCUUGCUCGGUGGCUGGAUCAGACGACCACCACUUGAUCUUUGGAAUGACGCGGUCACUGGACGAGAAGCGUGGUCUCCCUUGCACCCGUCUGGAUUUGAGGAUUGGACUCAGCCUGCGUUCGCGCGCCACCUGGCGGCUGAUGUCCAGGGUGCUGCAGAAGGAUGCGGAGCAGGAGUUCCAGAUGAGAGCCGAGAUCCAGGAUAUGAAGCAAGAGCUCUCCACUGUCAACAUGAUGGAUGAGUUUGCCAGAUAUGCCAGAUUGGAAAGAAAGAUCAACAAGAUGACUGAUAAGCUAAAAACCCACGUGAAAGCGCGAACGGCUCAGCUAGCCAAAAUAAAGUGGGUCAUAAGUGUCGCAUUCUACAUAUUGCAAGCUGCACUGAUGGUCUCACUCAUCUGGAAGUAUUACUCCGUGCCUGUGGCUGUGGUGCCGAAUAAGUGGAUAACCCCACUAGAUCGCCUCGUAGCCUUUCCCACGAGAGUAGCAGGUGGUGUUGGGAUUACUUGUUGGAUUUUGGUCUGUAACAAAGUUGUGGCUAUCGUGCUACACCCUUUCAGCUGAAAAGGCAGAUGAAGACAAGGAGGAGACUUUGAAAGUAGAUUUUCACUUAAUAGGCUAAAGAUCUGUUUCUUUUAUGUUUUCAAGAAACAAGUGCACAGUUGUUUUGUUGAACACCUUUGCUCUUGAACUUUAUAUAUGAUUCUUCAGAAAGAAUCAUAGUUUUGUACACUUGUCAUUGAGCCAGAAAGAUGAAUUUAUGAUCCUUGAGUACUAACCAACAAAAUCCCGGAUUUUUGAAGCCCGUGCGAUGCUGUGGGAUGCCUGUUUCCUAUUACUUGUGAUGUGCACUCUUGACGUGUUUUGUUUCUCAUUGCCAACGGGAAAGACAACAUUUUCUAACAACUUAAGGACUUUAAAACUGAGCGCUAUUUUCAGUUCCAGAUUACAAAGUAAUUUAAUUUUAAUAUCACUACUAGAAUUUGAAACUUUGCUCUAUAUCUCCUGCAGUACUACUGGAAGAAUAACACUAAUUGACAUUUCCUGUGUUUUUUUCUUCAGCUGUUUAAAAUAUCACUUAUUGGGCAAGCCUUUGCAUAGGGAUGCUCACUUAUUUGAAGCUGUUAAUAUUUUGUUAUUGUGUUUCAUAAAUGUACUCAUGAGACCAAAUGCAUUGUUUUAAUUGAAUUGUGUUUUGUAUUUAAUGUAUUGAAAUUUUAAGUUUAUUUUAUAAACGUAAUAUUUAUGCUCUGGAGAAUGGAACAUGUUAAAAAAAUAAAACUAGGAAGCCUGA